AAGACCGGUGAUCGGAUCUCGCCACACUCACAGCACCGACGGACUCGGACGAGGCAGCUGUGUGGAGCAGGUGCAGGAGAUGUUGUGGCGUGUGGGCUCAGGUGGCAGGAUGACAGUGGCCAAGCUGCUCCUCUCCUCUUUCCUUCUGCAUUCUCUCAGUGAAGCCUCCAACCAGCCGCCACGCUUCCUGAACUACUUCUUCCGGUCCUACCUCCUGAUAUAUGAGAAUACGCCUGUGGGCUCCUCGGUGACCCAGCUUCAGGCGUUGGACCCUGAUGGGGAGCCGCUGAUCUUCGGGGUGGUGGGGGAGGAAGCCAUGCGCUACUUCGCUGUGGAGCAGAACACCGGGGUGGUGUGGCUCAGGCAGCCUCUCGACAGAGAGGCCAAGUCAGAAAUGCAGGUGGAGUUCUCUGUCAGUGACAGCCAAGGGGUGGUGAAGGACACAGUAAACAUCCAGAUUGGAGAUGUGAAUGACAACGCCCCCACCUUCCACAACCAGCCUUACACAGUACAUAUAUCUGAGAGUACCCCGGUAGGCACGUCCGUGUUCAUGGUGAAUGCCACCGAUCCUGACCAAGGCACCGGCGGCAGCGUGCUCUUCUCCUUCCAGCCGCCCUCCUCCUUCUUCUCCAUCGACGGGGCCCGCGGCAUCGUCACCGUCACCAAGACGCUGGACUACGAGAUCACCUCAACCUAUCAGCUCACUGUCAAUGCCACGGACCAGGACAAAAGGAGGCCUUUGUCUCGGCUGGCUAACUUAGCCAUAACCAUCAUUGAUGUGCAGGACAUGGACCCCAUCUUCACCAACCUCCCCUACAGCACCAACAUCGUGGAGGGAGUACCUCUGGACAUGUGGACCCCCAUCUUCACCAACCUCCCCUACAGCACCAACAUGGUGGAGGAACCGGCAGGACAGGAGUACAGGAGCCUGGUGAAGGACUUUGUGCAAUGGUUCAAACUAACUGAUCCAACAUCUGGUUUCUUCCAGUCCACAUCUCAAAUCUUUAUUGGGAGUCCCAUGUGA